UACUCCUGUUCGAGUAAUAUAUGUUAUAAACUACAACGUCCAGCUGAUUUAGGAAAUUCCUGAGCUUUUUAAAGAUUUGUGUUCAGUAAGAACAAAUGUGCCGUGUCAGGAUAUAGAGACACCAGCCUUAUCCUUUAUAUGGCAGUCUUUAAGCUACAUAUAACAGUUAAUGUACAGUAUUAAAACUAAUUGUCAUGUGUAGUGCUUACUGUAUGUUUUCACUGACUAAGCAGCCACAGUUUGUCAGUUUCAGUCAUGCUUCGUUUUCUUUCUACCCACAGAGAAAGGAGGGUAUUUGGGAUGACGAGGCUCUGCAGCUCACCCAGCAGCUGCUGUCAUCCAACCCUGACUUCGCAACCCUGUGGAACUACAGAAGAGAGAUCCUGAUGCACAUCGAGACCGUGAAGGACAAGGAUGAAGUUCAGAAGGUCUACGAGGCCGAGUUGUCUUUUCUUGAGUCUUGCCUGAAGGUGAACCCAAAGUCCUACGGCAGCUGGCACCACCGUGGUUGGGUCUCAGCCCGCUUGCCUCGCCCAGACUGGGCCAGAGAGCUGAGCCUGUGUGAUCGUUGUCUGAGCCUUGACGACCGCAACUUUCACUGCUGGGAUUACCGCCGGAUGGUAGUGAAGAUGUCAGGUGUGCCUGUAGAUCAGGAGUUGGGCUUUACCGAUCGUCUUAUCGGCUCCAACUUCUCCAACUACUCCAGCUGGCACUACCGCAGCACCCUGCUGCCGCUGCUCCACCCGGAGUCUCCUGAGCCCCCAUCGCCGUGUCGCGAGCCUCCACAUUCCUCUCCUCCACCUUCUCCGCAAACCCACUCCCAUCGCGUCUGCGAGGAGCAGCUGCUCAAAGAGUACGAGCUCGUACAAAAUGCUUUCUUCACUGACCCCAACGACCAGAGUGCUUGGUUCUACUAUCGCUGGUUGCUAGGCAGAGCCGAACGUGAGGAGAUGAUCAGCUGCGUGUAUGUCAGCCGGGAUGAGGAGCGAGUUGCCGUCGCCUUCUCCAGGCCUGUUAACGUCAGUAUCGUCUCAUCCUCACAGUUUUUUUGUUUUUUUUUAACAGUUGGUUACACAAAGCUCACUUUUUUCUAAAACUCCUACAUGCCG